AUGCGCGCUUCUUGUAACGGGGCUGGACUACAAGCCGUUCUCAGCGAGGUGAGCCGAGGAGAGGGCGAAUUCGCCGCGCAUCCCGCCGUUCAGUACGCUGAGCCUCGCACCGUGAUUCCCGGACCCUGUUCACUUAACGAGCUGGACGGCAAUUCCCUGACAUCGUCGGAUUGUAGUUUAGAGCCGUCAUAUGCACUUAAUUUAAUACUCCCACACGUCUGGAGCCAGUCUGCCUUGCACAGCCGCCGCAUACGCGACCACAUCCAUGCCAACUGUAGCAGCAGUCGUGCGUCUCGUGUGCUGGAUAAUAAAAGCAAUGCUCGCGGGGAGAAUUCGCUGCCGAUGGGAAGCACUGCGUCCGCCGCGCUAGGAUUUUUGCAGAGAGACUGUGACCGUCGCAUGCAGUGCAGCCAGUGCAAAGAGGGGGGUGCUGACGCCAGCUUGUUGGAUGAAGGGAUGAACGGGAUCUCUCACACAUUGGAGACUGAGGCGCUGCACUAUCAACAGGAAGCAACAUCAGUAUCAGCCACAAGGCAUCCACUGAUAAUUGCAAUAGAAAGGACGGGGAAGGAGGAUCCCAAGGCAGGAGGGGAGGGGUUAAAAUGGGACAAAGAUGUAGGAAAGGGACUGCAGAAGAAAGAGGAAAGGGGGAACAGGAAUGUCCCUUACCUGGGAUUGCUGAUGAGCCCUUCCAGUAACGAGUCGCAUUCACAAGAGGAGGAAUUUGUGAGAACUGCCAGGCAAGUGCUGUAUUCCAUCCGCUGUCACGGAUUAGACAACGACUUUCCUGUGGUAGACCAAUCUAGCAUUGUAGACUGCGCGACCCGUCAUUCCUCGAACAAGGCCCCGAUUAUAUCUGAACAGCGCCAUCCGCCCAGCAUGACGCUGCGACUUAGCCAACCCGCAAUCCUCCUCCGCUCCCCGCUCCUCCCGCUGCUCCUCUCGUCCCUCCUCGCGUCGCUCACGACUCUCUCGGCCCGCGCGGGAAGCGUGAGCGACGACGAGGCGGCGCUCAUCGCGUUCAAGCAGGCCAUCCACGUGGACCAUCUCAACGUCCUCGAAUCCUGGACGUCCGAUCGCCCAAUCUGCUCCUGGGAGGGCGUCACCUGCCGAAGCGCGGCCCCGCAGCGCGUCAUCGGCCUGACCAUCUCGCAGGGCUUCCUCGAAGGUUCGCUAACGCCGGAGAUCUCGAAGCUGGAUCAACUGAGGAGGCUACACUUAGACGGCGGCAUGCUUAUGGGGAAUAUUCCGCCGCAGGUGGCGCAGCUCCGCUGGUUGACGAGCGUCGACUUGAGCAGUAACCACCUGACUGGCGAAAUCCCUCCCAACUUCUCUCUCCUUAGCAACCUGCACAAUCUCGCCCUCCGUUCCAACAAUAUCUCAGGGUCAAUUCCCCCAGAAAUUUUCCGCCUCCCGAAACUCGAGACGCUCGCCCUUGACAUCAACAACCUGACGGGUGGGCUGCCCGACGGUCCAGGCAGCUACAGCCCGAGCCUCGUCUCCCUCAGCGUCGGCGUCAACUACCUCUCCGGACCUAUUCCCAAGGCUCUCGGCGACUUGCCGAACCUGGUUCAGCUCGACCUGCACCAGAACUCGUUUUCCGGACCUAUUCCGCCUGAGCUCGGCGCGCUUGGGAAACUGGAGUACCUCGAUAUUAGCAGUAACCAGCUGACUGGUGGUAUACCACAUGCCCUGGCAGGGCUUUCGUCGCUUCAGGCAGGAAUUUUCUCGAACAACCUGCUGAGCGGCGUGGUUUCGCAGCCGUUUUUGGCGGGAGUUGCCUCCACUAUAGACGUCCUCGAUGUAGGCAGAAACACGUUUACGGGAUCGAUUUCGCGGUUUGCAACGCUGACGAAUGCGGUGUACAUCGAGCUGAGUAGCAACAAAUUCGUGGGGGGGAUCACGAAGGCGUUCGGCGCAAUGCCGAACCUGCAGCAGCUGGGUCUGUCCGAUAACGAGCUGACAGGUGGCAUUCCCGCGUCAAUCACUGAGUCGAGUAGCCUCGUUGUGUUCUCCGCAGAUCGCAACAAGCUGAUAGGAAGCAUCCCCCCCUUCCGCUGCACCAACACAGGAUUCAUGGCUCUCACCGUGUCUGGAAAUUCCUUCCAUGGAGGCAUCCCCCGCAGCCUCGCCAGCUGUAACAGCAGCCUCUACGUUCUCGACGUCAGCCACAACAACCUCUCUGGCCCAAUCCCUCUCUUUCUCGCGGAAUUGGUCGAGUUACGGAACCUCUCGCUUGGUUAUAACAACUUCUCCGGGGGUAUACCUUACAAGUUGGGGUUUCUUGACAACUUGGUGUCCCUGGACCUGUCAUGGAACCACCUAGAAGGCCCCCUGAAUGCGCUGCUUCCGCUGAAGCCUCUGGAUGACCUGCAGCUUGCAGGAAACAAUCUGACUGGCCAGAUCCCUUAUGCGUAUAGGCUGUUUCCAAAGGCAUCUUUUCAGCCUGGGAAUCCUGGGCUCUGUGGGGGUCCUUUGCCAAACAGGUGCCCUCCACGUGUUGUGGACUAA